CCCGGCCUCCAGAGGCGGGUGCACAAGAUGGCGGCCCCGGUAUCCUCCGUCAGCUUUGGGCUCUAGCGCCCGGCUAGGGUCCGAAGACACGCUUAGUCUAGGUGACAAGAGGUCCGAGCGGUGCCACCGGGCCUCGUGGGGUGCCAGGCCCUCUUGUUGUUGCCCCGGGGCCCCGCCGCCCCCUCAGCACUGCCCCGGGGCGGAACCAAAGAAAGGUCAGCUCCGGCCGCCUCGCCCUGUCCCUCCUCGUCCCACGGCAGUCGCUGUUCUGUGCGUGGCUCACUAUUCACAUUAAUUUCAGCCACGUGCAGCAUUCAUGGCGGCCUCGCAGGUCUCGGGGGAGAAGAUUAGCAUCCAGGCGGGAGAGACGGCCAAAGCCGGGGACAAGGACCUGCCAGGGGACGAUUGUCCGGAGAGGGACAGGCUCCCCCAGCGCUCUUGGAAGCAGAAAUGCGCCUCCUAUGUGUUGGCCCUACGGCCCUGGAGCUUCAGUGCCUCACUCACCCCAGUGGCCCUGGGCAGCGCCCUGGCCUACAGAUCUCAGGGCGUUCUGGACCCCAGACUGUUGCUGGGUUGUGCCGUGGCAGUCCUGGCUGUGCACGGGGCUGGCAAUUUGGUCAACACUUACUAUGACUUUUCUAAGGGUAUUGACCACAAAAAGAGUGAUGACAGGACCCUGGUGGACCGAAUCUUGGAGCCCCAGGAUGUUGUUCGGUUUGGAGUCUUCCUCUACACUUUGGGCUGUGUCUGUGCCGCUUGCCUCUACUACCUGUCCCCUCUGAAACUGGAGCAUUUGGCUCUCAUCUACUUUGGAGGCCUGUCUGGGUCCUUUCUCUACACAGGAGGAAUUGGAUUCAAGUACGUGGCUCUGGGAGACCUCAUCAUCCUCAUCACGUUUGGCCCGCUGGCCGUGAUGUUCGCCUACGCCGUCCAGGUGGGGUCCCUGGCGGUCUUCCCACUGGUCUACGCCAUCCCCCUCGCCCUUAGCACGGAGGCCAUUCUCCAUUCCAACAACACCAGGGACAUGGAGUCCGAUCGGGAGGCCGGCAUCGUCACCCUCGCCAUCCUCAUCGGCCCCACCUUCUCCUACAUGCUCUACAAUGCACUGCUCUUCCUGCCCUACCUGAUCUUCAGCAUCCUGGCCACUCACUGCAGCAUCAGCCUGGCACUGCCCCUGCUCACCAUCCCCAUGGCCUUUUCUCUGGAGAGACAGUUCCGAAGCCAGACUUUCAGCAAACUGCCCCAGAGGACCGCCAAGCUCAACCUCCUGCUGGGACUCUUCUACGUCUUUGGCAUCUUUCUGGCCCCAGCAGGUAGUCUGCCCAAACUCUAAGGGGACCAGGAGCUCCCCCAUCCACAUGUCCCCGUGUCUGAGGAUGUGUUGAAGACAGAGUAUCCGAGGAGAAAAAGUGAUCUGGCAGUGAGGGGGCCUGAGGAUGGCUUGUGAACUCCCACCUUUUUAAAAUUAUUAUGUUUUUAAAGAUAGUGUUUUGUUUUUGUUUUAUUCUGUUUUGUGGGGAAUCUUGAAACCACUCGUAUCAGAAGGUGAGUCGGCUGCAUGGCCCUUGUUUUACGUAUAACUUCCACUAGGGGGUGCUGUUAGGCUGCUUUAAAGUAGUCUGAAAAGCCUGACGACUGAAGAGCUGCUGGGGUUGGCCUCCAGUCCUGAGACGGCCAUAGUAACUGGGCGAAGUGUCCUGCUGUUACCUUGGUCUUGCAGGAUGUGGUAAUGACUGGUGUCAGGCCCCAGUGACACCAGGAGCACCUGUCUCUUCCUGUGAGCAUUUGGGUCCCGAAAUACACUGCCUGAGAAAGUCUCUCAUUAAGAGCCGAACAUGGCUUCCGGCUAUUUGUCUAAAUUGUCAUUCCGAGGCUUUUGUCCUUCAUCUCUCCUUUCACUCGUUGCCACCAUUGAGGGAAAGUGUCAGCUCACCCUGCAGCAAGACAAUCAAGGCAGGACUGGGAAGGAAAAGAAAUCCCACGCUGGAGGCAGCUCAGAAAAUCGCUCUUCUCUGGGAUAGAAGUUGGUAGGGCGGCCGUUUUCCCUUUGUAGAAGCCACCGGGAUGGCAGGAAGGACUCCCAGUCCUGUCGGCAACUGUCAGGAGCCCUGAAAUUGGAGACACACUGCUGUCCUUGUGGGCUACCUACAGCGCGCAAGGCUUCGUUGUCCCCCAAGUGACGCCCUGCCAGGGAAGGAGCUGUGACUUCCUCCUCGAAGACGAUGUGGUGUGUUGACCCUGCUUCUCCCAAUGGCUUCAGUUGCAUUGUGCAAAGAUAGUUUGUACCCAGAGUCGGGGAAUGCCAACACUGAUCAAAGCUGCUUUCCAAAUCAUUGCCUGUGAAGUACAAUUUCUGGGCUAGAAUUGCUGUUACAUUUGGUCCAAGACCGAAAUAGAUGCAGGCCAUGAUCACUACAUUUUUCGGUUGUGAUGAUAGCCGUUCUGAUAGGUGUCUCCAGGGGCCUUGGCCUGCAGAAAAUGACAUGAGAACUAGUUCUUAAUCCUUAAGAUCAGCUAAUUAUGUGAUUCUGCUCCUUGAAUUAGAAUUAGUCAGCUUACUCAGAAAAAACAUAUUUGGAAAUCGCAAAAGUUCCUUUGAACUUAAAGGUGGUUUGUCCGCAGACAUCCGGAGUCCUCGAAUAACGGUGAGAGCCCGGUAACCAGGGGAACGGCCCCUCUCCUGCUUUCCUGCCCAGCACCACUUGUCUUUUCUGCCAGGCCUGUGGCAUUUUGGUGCUCACAGGGGUCUCGCCUGCAAAGACAAGCUGUUCGGGCCCCUCCCCAGAGCAGGCUGUUUGCACGUGGGGCUCACACCUGAGGCUGUAGGACCAAGAGCUUCCUGGGUUCACAGACCAGACCCACCUUUGUAAGCGCUCCUGUCAGGGGCAUCAGCCUCUGCACUGUGUUCUGGUGCAGACUUUAAUGCAAAUUUUUAUAUAUCAAUGUUUCUAAAAGGCCAAAUUUGAUGCCAGGUUUUAUAUGAAGUUCACCAUAAUUUGUAUUACAUCCCCUGAUUCAAUGAAGGUUUUCUUUAGACUUGUUAAUAAAAAAAAAUGCUUACCAGUU